CUGCCCCUGAACUGAAGGUUGGAGACAAAUACAAGGAUGGCUUAACUGUAAAGGCAGGACAGCCUAUCAAGUUAGAGAUCCCAUAUAGAGCCAUACCUGCACCUGAAGUCACCUGGCUGUUCAAUGGAAAAGCCAAUCAAGGAUCACAAGAAAACAAAUGUGGAGUCAGGCAGUAAGAAGUCCAUCGUGACCGUGAAAGAUUCCACCAGGGUCGACGACAAGCGGAAGUACACAAUAAAGAUUAAGAAUGACAUGGGAGAGGAGACGAUGUCUGUUAUGUCAAUGUCAUCGACAAACCAGAAGCCCCUAAAGAGGUGAGAGCACGCGACGUGACGUCUCAUGAGGCCGUAGUGGAGUGGGAUGAACCAGCCGACGAUGGUGGAGUUGAGAUCUUGGACUUUGUUGUUGAGAUCUGUGAUGAGAGAAGCACCUGGCAGGUGGAAAAAGGUGGCCAAAACAAAGGACAAGAGCGUUACAGUGCCUAACCUCAAAGAAGACCACGAGUACAAGGUCAGAGUCUCUGCAGAGAAUGAAGUUGGAACCGGUCCAGCCAAGGAAGUACAAAUCAUUUAUUUGCCAGGAUAAACCAUGUGCACCUGAACUGAAGAUUGGAGACAAAUACAAGGAUGGCUUAACUGUAAAGGCAGGACAGCCUAUCAAGUUAGAGAUCCCAUACAGAGCCAUUCCUGCACCUGAAGUCACCUGGCUGUUCAAUGGCAAGCCAAUCAAGGAUCACAAGAAAACAAAUGUGGAGUCAGGCAGUAAGAAGUCCAUCGUGACCGUGAAAGAUUCCACCAGGGCCGACGACAAGGGAGAGUACACAAUAAAGAUUAAGAAUGACAUGGGAGAGGAGACGAUGUCUGUUAAUGUCAAUGUCAUCGAUAAGCCAGAAGCACCGAAGGAGGUGAGAGUGCAGGAGAUCACCUCUAAAGAUGCAAUGGUGGAGUGGGAUGAACCAGCUGACAAGGGUGGAGUUGAGAUCUUGGACUUUGUUGUUGAGAUCUGUGAUGAGGAGGAAGCACCUGGCAGGUGGAAAAAGGUUGGCAAAACCAAGGACAAAAGCAUGAAAGUGCCUAAUCUCAAAGAAGAUCAUGAAUACAAGGUCAGAGUUUCUGCAGAGAAUGAAAUGGGAACCGGUCCAUCCAAAGAAGUUACAAAACCAUUUGUUGCGCAAGAUAAACCAAUUCCACCAGAGUUCAAGAAUAUUGAUGAGGUGAAGAAGGGAAUAACAGUGAAGGCAGGUGAAACCAUCAAGUUGGAGAUUCCUUACAGAGCUAUUCCUGCACCGGAAGUCACCUGGACUGCCAGAGGCAAGCCUUUGGUUGAGGACAAGAGGACAAAGGUUGAUUCCAACAGGCAUAGGACUAUUAUGACAGUAAAGGAUGCAAUUAGAGAGGACAAGGGCGACUUCAAACUGAAGCUGAAAAAUGAUGAAGGAGAACAGAGUGUCACUAUUCCUGUCAAUGUCAUUGACAAGCCUAAACCACCUCAAGAUCUAAAGGUGGCCAAUAUUACUGCUGACUCUGUCACCCUGACAUGGAAAAAGCCUGAAGAUGAUGGUGGAAAGGAGAUAACGGGUUACAUUGUUGACAAGCGCAAGAAGAAUGCAGAUGAAUGGGAAAAUGUUGCCAACACCAAGGAGCUGAAGACUAAAGUGAGUGAUUUGGUGGAGGGAAAUGAAUAUAACUUCCGCCUACGAGCCACGAAUGAAGUUGGAGAAAGUACACCUGUAAGGCUCACUGAACAUGUCCUGAUCAAGGCACCACCUGCUCCACCAAAGAUUGCAAUGCCUGAAGAAUAUGCGCAGGGCAUUACUCUGAAUGCUGGCCAGGAUCUAAAAUUAGAGAUUCCGUUCACUGGUAACCCAGUACCAGAGGUUACAUGGACCAAGGAUGGAAAGCCCUUGAAGCCUGCGAAGAACUUGAAGAUUGUAAAUAAAGAUGAUGAAACAACUGUCACGUUGGAUGUGGCUAAGAGACCUGACAAAGGAGAAUAUAAACUAAAGUUGAAAAAUGAGUUAGGAGAAGACAGUGCAUCUGUAGCCAUCACUAUACUAGAUAAGCCAACGAAAGUAAAGGAUUUGAUAGUAACGGAUGUUACUAAUAAAUCUGUUCUCCUCAAGUGGAAAAAGCCAGAGGAUGAUGGAGGAACUAGUAUUACAGCAUACGUUGUUGAGAAGAAAGAAGUGAACGCAACUGCAUGGGUUAGGAUUACGAUGCCCAAGGACUCCAAGGUCGCUACAGAGACAGAGAUGAAGUUUACAGUGCCUGACCUGGCUGAAGAUCAUGAGUACCUCUUCCGUGUAAGUGCAGAGAACAAAAUUGGAAGGAGUGACCCAUUGGAGACUAAAGAGGGAACUAUCACAAAGAAACCACCAGCACCUCCAAAGAUUGACUUGCCUGAGGACAUGAAAAACGGAGUUACAUUCCAUGGAGGAGACACACUGCUCUUGGAGAUUCCCUUCACUUCCUACCCACCUCCAGAAGUUACCUGGUUUAAGGAUGAUAAACCAAUGAAGCCUGACAAGCGAAUAAAGAUAGAUGUUCUUGAGGACAAGACGGUCGUGUCUAUUGACCACGAGGCUGUGAGAGAGGACAUGGGACAAUACAAGCUGAAGGUGAAGAAUGACCUUGGUGAAGAUACUGUCAACAUCCCUGUCACUGUCAUCGAUGUGCCCAAGAAGCCAAGGAACUUGCAAAUUCUAGACGUGCAGGCUGACAACGUUACAAUCUCUUGGGAACCUCCAGUUGAUGAUGGAGGAACUGACAUCACAGGCGAAAGAAUCAUUCCGGCCAUUGAAGGCUAUAUCAUUGAAAAGAACAACAUCAAAGAGCCGAAAGUGUGGGUGAAGGUGUCUGCAACGAAAUCUCUGAAAUUCACUGUGCUGAACCUGAUUGAGGGAGAUGAGUAUCACUUCCGCAUCUUUGCUACUAAUAAGAUUGGACCCAGUGAGCCACUGAUGACAGAGAAACCGGUCAAAUGCAAGCGCCCAAAAAUACCGCCGAAGAUUGAGCUGCUGAACCAAUACAAGGACGGAGUGGAGGUAUGCGCAGGAGAACAGCUAGAACUGGAGAUUCCCUUCAGUGCUAACCCCAUGCCUGAUGUUGUCUGGAAAAAGGAUGGCAAACCAAUUAAGGCAAGCAAUAGGGUGAAGAUGGUAACAGAAGAGGACAAGACAGUGCUCACUAUCCCCGAGACAGAAAGAGGAGACCUGGGCAAGUAUGCCGUGACCCUUAAGAACGAGCUAGGAGAAGAUACGGCUGAAAUACCUGUCAAUGUUGUAGAUAAGCCAAACCCACCACGUGACCUAAAGGUCACUGAUGUUCGUGAAGACCAGAUGACACUGAGCUGGAAGGCACCAGACGAUUGCAAUGGUGCCCCGCUCCUUGGCUACACGAUUGAAAAACAGGAUCAGGCAGAUGGGUCGUGGCAAAAUGUUGGCAACCUGCCGGCUGAUGCAACUAACCACAUUGUGCCAGACCUGCACGAGGGACACGACUACCACUUCAGAGUCUGUGCUCUGAACCGCAUUGGCACCAGUGUUCCUCUUCAGACAAAGAAGGCCAUCAAGGCUGAGAGGCGCCCAGCACCUCCUGAUGUUGAUCUUGACGCCAAGUAUUUGGAACCUAUUGUCCUGAGAGGAGGAGAAACGCUGAAUAUUGUCAUUCCUUACACUGGUAAUCCGCCGCCGUCGGUCGAGUGGAUGUUUAACAACCAACCAUUCAAGAAGGAUCGUGAAACAUUCAUGGAAAAUGAGCAUUCGAUCGCCAAGCUCACUGUGAAGGAGGUCCGGCGGGAUGACAUGGGAAGCUACAAACUAAGACUGAAGAAUGACUUGGGAAGAAAGGACGUUGACAUCAAAGUUACUGUCAUAGAUCACCCACUAGCACCUCGCGAUCUCAAGGUGGUCAAUGUCUUGGCUGACAGCAUGGUUAUCCGUUGGCGCGAGCCGGAAGAGGAUGGUGGAAGCCCUGUUACUGGCUAUGUCAUUGACAAGGCAUUGGAGGACAAAAAGAAGUGGGAGCAGGUCACUGUAGUGGAUGGAGCCACAUUGACGUGCAAGAUACCAGGCUUGGUGGAGGGUACGAAGUAUCAUUAUAGAGUUGCCGCUAGGAAUGACAUUGGAGAGGGGCCACAUGUUGUCACUGAGAAGGCAACACUGGCAUCUAGGCCACCUGCACCACCGGAUGUUGAUCUGGAUGCCAAAUAUCUGCAACCGAUUGUCCUAAGGAGAGGAGACACUCUCAAUAUUGACAUCCCGUACUCUGGUAACCCAGACCCAACAGUGGCAUGGUGCCAUGACAACAAGCCAUACAAGGAAGACCUCCGAGCUCACAUGAAGGAUGACGAUUCUGUCGCUAAGCUCACUGUGGAAGACGUUCGACGUAACGAUUCUGGAACCUACACCCUGAAACUCAAGAACGACCUGGGCUCAAAGGAUGUCGACAUCAAAGUUACCGUGAUUGAUCAUCCGAAGCCACCCCGCGACCUCAAGGUCACCAACAUCAUGGCCGACAGCAUGGUUAUCCGCUGGAGGGAACCUGAAGAGGAUGGUGGAAGCCCUAUCUCUGCCUACGCUGUUGAGAAAUGUGAUAUUUCCGAUAUGGACAACUGGGAAGAGGUGGAUGUAGUCGACCAUCUUACUGUUAAUUGCAAGAUUCCUAACCUGACAGAGGGACAUGAGUAUAACUUCAGAGUGAGAGCUAGAAAUGACAUUGGCGACAGUGAUCCUAUCACAACAGACCAUCCAAUUAAGGCCGAAAGACCACCAGCUCCACCAGACUUUGAUUUGGAUGCCAAGUAUGCAGGGACAAUCACACUCAAGGGUGGAGAAACUCUUGAUGUUGAGAUACCAUUCUCUGGCAAACCAGACCCAACUGUCAGGUGGAACCAUAAUGGCAAGCCGCUAACCAUGGGUUCGGAUGACCGAUUGAACUUGGAUGACACUGACUUUGUAGCCAGAUUGACUGUGACAAACGUCAACAGAAAUGACAGUGGACCGUAUGUUAUGAAACUCUCAAACGAGCUUGGUACCAAGGAUUGCCAUCUUAGGGUCAAGGUUAUCGACAAACCUGAUAUGCCAACAAACCUCAAGGCAACAAAUAUCAUGCCUGACAGCAUCACGAUUCGCUGGCAAGAACCACUGGAUGAUGGAGGUGCCCCUGUCACUGGCUACCUUGUUGAGAAGGCUGGCGUGGAUAAGGAUGACUGGGAGGAGGUUGGUAUCACGGACAGCUGCAACAUGAAGGUGCCUAAUCUCACUGAAGGACAAGAGUAUCACUUUAGAGUGACAGCCAAAAAUGACAUUGGUGACAGUGAUCCAUUGGAGACUACUAAGCCAAUUAAGGCUGAUAGCCCACCUGCUGCUCCCGACUGCUAUCUUGACGCUAAGUACAUGGGCGUGGUCACGAUCCGAGGAGGAGAAACCCUGUAUCUGGAGGUGCCAUUUAGUGGGAAACCUGACCCUGAGGUGGACUGGUUCCACAAGGGCAAUCCAAUUAAUGAAGACGGUAGGACAACAAUCGACAACUCAGAGCAGGUAGCCAGACUAAAGGUUGAAGAUGCCAGGUUGGAAGAUGGGGGACUAUAUAGCCUGAGACUGAUGAACAAACUUGGAUCCAAAGAUGCUCAGAUCAAAGUCAAGGUCAUAGAUGUGCCAAAACCACCGAAGGACCUGCGAGUUACAGAUGUGAGAGAGGACAGGAUGACACUGCGCUGGAAGGAACCGGAGAGUGACUGUGGUUGUCCCAUCACAGGAUACAUUGUCGAGUAUUCUGGAAUUGACAAGGAUGACUGGACAGUCGUUGGUGAAUGCACAGCAAUGAACUUCACUGUGUUGCAUCUCAUCGAGGGAGAAGAGUAUUUCUUCAAAGUGAGGGCUGUUAAUGAGGUGGGAAAGGGCGAACCCAACGAGACCGUGCAGCCAGUGCGGGCUGAGAGACCACCAGCGCCUCCUGCCGCGUACAUCGACAACGACACGGUCACGGUGGAGGCUGGUGAUGACCUGGUCAUCGAGGUGCCAUUCGAUGGCUUCCCGAUUCCCGAAAUCUCGUGGAUCAUCAAUGGGCACAUGGUAACGGCGGAGGAUGAGGGCGUGAUAACUGAGAUUACGCCCGACAACGUUGCCGUUUUGAGCAUUCCUCGGGUGCAGAAGGACGACGGGGGAGUCUUCCAGAUCCGACUGAAGAACGACCUUGGCAGGGACCAGAAGUCGAUCAAUGUCAUUGUUCUCGGUGCACCCGGUAGGCCUGAACACCUGAACCCCACAGAUGUGACGGAAGACUCGGUCACCUUAAAGUGGCAGAGACCAAGAGACAAUGGAGGAAGCCCAAUAACGUCGUACGUCGUCGAAAAGCGCACCCAUCCCGAUGGAGAGUGGGAGGCGGUUGAAGCUACGGACGAGACGACGUUUACUGUCAGAGAGCUGACAGAGGGCAAUGAAUACUACUUCAGAGUGUUUGCUGAGAACAAGUAUGGUCUAGGUUACCCUGCAGAGACUGAGGAGGCCACACUAUGCAAAUGUCCAUUUGAAAAGCCAGAAUAUACACUGGGAGCCGAGUACAAGAAACCAGUGUAUGUGGAGAAGGGAGGAACUCUGCACUUGGACAUUGCCUUCUUCGGUGAUCCGGAACCUUCCGCUUCGUGGAACUUCAAGGACCUUGCCAAAGGACGAGACCACCAGCUGUUCACUGAUCAUAGGACGAACAUCCAUCAGCACUAUCAUAUUCAUCCUGAGAGAGCUGGUUACGUAGCAACAAUCAUUCGAAACAAGAUGGAGAAAAAAGACGAAGGAACUUACUGGCUACAUCUGAAGAAUCUCGCUGGAGAAGAAGCCAUUCCUAUAGAAGUGCUUGUCAUGGAUGUUCCGUUGCCACCUCGUGACUUGAAGGUGGUGGAAGUUUCGGCAGAAAGCAUGACUGUGCACUGGAAGCCACCUGAGGAUGAUGGUGGAACUGAACUCACUGGCUACAUCGUCGAGGACAAGGACAACAGCCGCAGGACGUGGCGACGAGUCGCCGUUGUGCCGCCGGAGCAGUACUCGGCGGAGAUCCCCAACCUCAUCGAGGGCUUCCUCUACCUCUACCGCGUGUUCGCCGAGAACAAGAUGGGUCUCAGCGAACCAUGCGAGAUGCACCGGCCCGUCGAGGCAGCGAACGACUUCAUUGAACCUGGCCAGCCAAGCAUGCCAGAGGUGUACGACGUGAGGCCAACAGCUUGUGAAUUGGAGUGGGAUCCACCGUCGGAUGACGGCGGCGCGCCGGUCACCGAGUACAUCGUGGAGGGAAAGCUCGUCACCAGCACGCGUUGGGUGAAGGUGAACAAAAACCCUGUCACCGAACCGAAUUACUCGGUGAAAGGACUUAACGAAGGUGCAGAUUACGAGUUUCGUAUUGUUGCCGUCAACAAAGCAGGUCUUGGUGAACCAGGUCCACCGUCUGAUAUCAUCACAGCCAAGAGUCCAUACGAUCCACCAGGAAUUCCCGGUUCCCCAGAUAUCAUAUCUGUUCAUGGUGACUGUGUAGAGCUAGAAUGGACUAAGCCUAGACGUGAUGGUGGUAAACCCAUUACCAACUACAUCAUAGAAAUGCGGCCAGUGAUGAGCAGGACAUGGACAAAAGCAAAAACGGGUCCGAUCGCUGACACAUUCUGCAAGGUGCCGAAUCUGGAAACUGGUGGAGAGUUCGUGUUCAGGGUAGUGGCAGAAAACGAAAUUGGAGCCGGAAAACCAUCCCAGCCAACAAAGAGUGUCCUAUGUGGAGAUGGACCACAAGUUAUCCAGGAGCUGUCAGAUGUCAAUAUUGCUGUUGGCCAGAAACUCUUACUCAAAUGCAAGAUCAACGGUGAACCAACUCCAGAGAUCAAGUGGUACAAGGAUGGUAGAGAACUGUUUGAUGGGCGCCGCUUCAAGUUGAAGUACAGGGAUAGCAUAGCGCAGCUCAUGAUGGAUAAGGUCUAUGAUAGCGAGGCCGGAAAAUAUUCAUGCAGUGGCACUAAUGAGCUUGGAACUGCGAAGACAUCUUGCCAUGUCACCGUGUCAGCAAAGCCAAAAAAAUUACUGAAACGCCAGAACACCAUGACAAUUGAGCUCGACGACUUUGUAGAGGUUGAUGAUGAUGAUUAUAGCAGAGAAUCACCAAUACAUGAGGAGGAGGAAGAGGAGGAGGAGCUUGAGAGUGGACGUGGUGAUGUUGCUUUUAUAAAACCAGUCUUCAAAAAGAAACUCUCUGAUAUCAAUUGCUCAGAGGGCGGUGCGGUCAAGCUGACCUGUGUGGUCAGCGGUGUCCCGCGGCCCGAGGUGGUGUGGCUGCGGAACGGACAGCCGAUUCAGGACGCGGACGACUAUCGCUACAUCGUCGACGGCGAGAGCAACUCCCUCAUCAUCAAGGAAGUGUUCCCCGAGGAUGUGGGUCUCUACAGCGUGAGGGCUUCCAACGUCGGCGGCAGCGUCGCGUGCGAUGCGAUGCUCACUGUUGAUGGUGAAGACGAGGAAGAUACGAAUGCUCCGCGAUUCAGGAAACUCAUGAAGGAUUGUGAGGUGUGCGAGAAUGAGUCUGCAUCCUUCACCGUCAAGAUAAGCGGACGUCCUCAGCCAGAGGUCUCAUGGUUUGUCAAUGAGACUAUGAUAGUGCCAGACAACAGGAAGUACACUGUAACAGAUGAUGGUGACAUGUGUACAUUGACUGUGAAUCAGUGUUCGAUGAGGGAUGCAGAUAACUAUGCUUGCAAAGCUGUCAACGAGGCUGGAGAAAUCACGUGCCAUGCAGAUCUCAUUGUAAAUCCUGCGGGCAGAGUGAGGCGCAGAGAUGAACCUGAGUAUCCACCUGAGUUUCUGGAGGAGAUUGAGGAUGAGACUGUUGUAGAGGGAGACGAGGUGACAUUCACGUGCUCCUACAGAGGUAACCCCGAUCCAGACCUGCAGUGGUUCAGAAAUGGCCGCUACCUCACGCCAACUAAAGACCUCAGCAUCAAAGUUGUUGGCAACAGAUGCACAUUCAUCAUUAGAGAGGCAUUCCCCGAGGACAGUGGCACGUACACAUGCCAGAUAACGAAUGAGCUGGGUCAGGCCACCACGAGUGCCAUGCUGCUCGUGGAAGAAGAGGACGACGUGAGGAGACCACCAAAGAUGGCACCCUCCUUCAGUGAGCGCUUCCACGACCUUGAGAUCUAUGAAGGAUAUGAAGCAACAUUCAGCUGCAAGAUCGUAGGUGUUCCCCGGCCAGAUGUGAUCUGGUACUUCAACAACAAGAAGGUCGAUACGACAGAUCCACAGUUCCGAUUCUUCCAGAAGGGCUUCAGGUUCCAAAUGAGCAUUCCAAAUGCAUCUAUGAACCAAUCGGGAGAAGUUGUCUGCAAGGCCAAGAACAGCGAGGGCAGUGACUUCUGUUCUGCUGAACUUAUUGUUCACGAGGGUUCAGGAGAGAAAGGAAAAAGCGCCGUUCCACAGUUCGCACGGAAGCUGAAGGACAGUGAGGUGAUGGAGGGAGCUGAGGGCAUGCUGGAUGUGCGUGUUCACCCAGACUUCAACCUGGAUGAACUGAAAAUACAAUGGUUCAAGAACGGAGCUGAAAUCUAUCCAGAUGGCCACUUUGAGAUGCUUCACGACGAUACUGGCCAGUUCUCCCUCCUCAUUCACAAUGCGACACCUGCUGACAGGGGCCAGUACAUGUGUGAAGUGAGCAACCCAGCUGGCAAGGCAGCGUGUGUAGCUGACAUCGUAGUGGAUGUCGUGGACCAACAUGGCCGACUACUACGAGGUCACCGAGUGGUGGACGGUGAGGUCAAAAUCAGGAGGGCAACUGGUGAUGAUGAUGACUAUGGGCGACACAGGAGGGUGAAAUUCAUCGAAGAGCCACCGGCGACACCGAACAAGCCGGAGGUCUCCAAUAUACGUGACACGUCUUGCUAUCUGUCGUGGAGGGCUCUACCCUACAGAGCUGGGGAGAACCUCACAUAUACUGUUGAAUACAGGGAUGCUAAUGCUCGUAACUGGAGGCUACUGAAGCAGGCACUCACUGACCCGUGGCUCAAUGUGGACAUUCUCAAACCGGAGUUCGACUACAUGUUCCGCAUUCGCGCAGAGAACAUGUUCGGAGUGAGCGAUCCGUCUCCACACGCGUCCGUACGCAGGUCUCCAUCUGAUUUAGCACACCGUAAGGGAGAUAUUCCGAGCUAUGACCGGGAUAUUGACUAUGGAUGGGAUGUUCCACCAAAGCCUUAUGUUGAGGGACCACCAAUGUUCAGAGGCCCGGAUGAAAACAUGUACGUGGCUGAGCACCAGGAGGCCCAGCUAGGGAUGUUUGUAUAUGGGUGGCCAAGACCAGAGGUUGAAUGGUUCUUUAACGGACAACCCCUGCAGAUGGGUGAUAAGCACAAGAUGCACUGGGAGAGUGCGACCUCACGGCAGGUGCUGACCGUGAACGACGUGCUGUUAGAGGACAUCGGAACCUACAUGAUCGUCGCGUCGAACGAGUACGGGAAGUGCGCGCGCAACAUUGUCGUGGAACUCGCAGAGCCGCCAUGCUUCAUCGAACCGCUGAAAGAUAAGAGCAUCAUUGAGAGAUGGGGAGGCAGGAUGGACUGCCGGGUUGAUGGCAUACCGUACCCCGAGAUCAAGUGGUUCAAGGACUGGCACCCGAUAACGAACUCGGAGAGGAUUGAGAUUACAGAGGUGCCGCCGGACAAUCAUGGCCUGACCAUCCGCCACGCUAUCAUGCGUGAUGAGGGCAUGUACACGUGUGUGGCAAAGAACAUUGCUGGAGAGGUUCAUACCCACUGCAGUCUAACUGUUGAACCCGAGCCACUGGACUAUCUGGGUCUGGACAUUGAGUUAGCCAACAAGAAGGUCGCACCUAAAAAACACAAGUGCAAUGACUUCUAUGAUACUGUCGGUGACCUUGGAUGCGGCGACUUUUCCGAAGUGAAGAAAGUCGUGGAGAGAACGUCGGGUCGCGAGUUUGCGGCCAAGUUCUACGACACGCCCGAUGAGAACAAGGAGAAUGCCAAGCAUGAGAUCGAGGUUCUAGGUCACCUUCACCACGGCAACAUACCAACGCUGCACGACGCAUUCGAGUCACAGAACGCUGUAGUCAUGGUGCAAGAACUUUGUGAUGGUGGUAACGUGUUUGACCGUCUGGCGGACAAGCCCAGCUACACGGAGAACGAAGUGGCCCUGUACCUGAAGCAGUUGCUGGAUGCGGUGAAAUACAUGCACAGCAAGCACUACGUACACCUCGACCUGAAGCCUGAGAACUUGAUGUUCCACCAUGCUGAUUCACCAGAACUAAAGUUGAUAGACUUUGGCAAUGCUCGCCAACUAAAACCCGGAGAGAAAGUAGAGGUGGACCGCUUCAACCCAGAGUUUGUCGCCCCAGAGAUACUAACUGGGCGCAACAUUGGGACUGGGGCUGACAUGUGGAGCAUAGGAACCAUUGCGUAUGCCAUGUUGACUGGACUGUCACCAUUCCUGGGAGAUUGCGACAGAGACACAAUCAACAAUGUCAAACAUGCUGACUGGGACUUUGACCCUCAGGCUUUCAGGGACGUGUCAGACAAAGCUAAGGACUUCAUCAACCGUUUGCUUGUUGAUGCUCCAGAACUGCGUAUGACAGCGAAGGAUGCAGCUGAACAUCCCUUCAUUAGGGGUCUAAAGAGUCCAGACAGAGGGGAGAAGUUGGAUGCUGAGCAGCUUAGAAACUUCCAGAACAGGAGGAAGGACUUGGUGGACAAGACGUGUGUGAGGGUAGAGCCGGGUCACUGGGACCUGGAUCAGAAGCUGAGUGAGAAUGCCGGCUACAUGCUGAAGCACUUCCCCUGGUCUACGGCGUACACGCACGGCCCCGACACGACGCUCGUGCAGCUGAAGGACCCGCAGUACACGAGCCGACUGCGUGGAUACCUGGAGGACACCAUGUGGAGCUGGAGGUGGCACUCGAAGGGCCUGUACAGCGAGAAGGCGCGUCCGUCCGUGCACGAGCGCCGCCGCAUCCUCGACAUUCAGGACGAGGCGGAGGACGACCGCGGCGUGUCGACGCGCGUGCAGAUCUCCAACCUCGCGAUGCGGCGGCGGCUGCACGGCGAGGGACACGCGCCCGUCUUCCGCGAGAAGCUGCACGACACGUCGUUCCGCGCGAACGUCGCCGUGACGCUCAAGUGUGUCGUCGUCGGCAACCCGCUGCCAAACGUGUCGUGGUACCGUAAUGACGAAAGGCUGUCGAUGGGUGGACAAGACUUAGACAUAAAUCUGACAAUAGAUGGCGUUGCUACUCUCCUGAUGCCUCAUCCAACACAGUUCGCAGCUGGAGUUUACAAGGUUGUUGCUCGCAACAGCUUUGGCGAAUCCACGUGCUGGGCCAGGCUGAGACUAGGAGAGACACCAGAUAUGCCAUCUAGGCCACAAGUGGUGCAGAUUGCACCUAACGAAGCUUUCCUCGAGUGGGAUGCACCGAAAUUCGAUGGAAACUCGGAUAUACAAACAUACAGAGUGGACUAUAGGAAACCUCGUGAGGAGAGAUGGACGAUGGCAUCGGAUACGGUAGAGGAAGAGUUCACAGUGGUGACCGGCCUUAUUCCGAACACACCCUACAGGUUCCGCUCUUGUGCCAAGAACCAGUUUGGUUACGGUCCCUACAGCUUCUCCUCUAUAGAAAUGAGAACUCCAAUGCCAGGUGAGCCAAAGCUGAAAAUAGAGAGGUCUAAGGCUCAUCUGAUUAAGGAAGCCAUGCACAGGAAGAGCUUGAGUGGCAUGACGACGGUCGCCUACGACACGGAGUUCACUCCUGUGCCGCUGCAGGAGGCUGACCCAGAGAACAACUACGUGUUCAGAGAAAACAUCUUCGUGGGCCGCUUCUGCGCCGUGCACAAGUGCAUCGACAGCCGCGACCAGACGCAUCGCGCCGCGAAGAUCUUCCCGUACACGGCGGGGACGCGCGCGAUCGUGCUGCGGGAGUUCGAAGCGAUGCGGAGGCUGAGCCACGGCAACGUCGUGCGGCUUCACGAGGCGUUCCUCACCGACGACUACGCCGUGCUCGUGCUCGACAAGCUCGAGGGCGGAGAGCUGCUCAAGUGUUUAUGCUGGCACGACGAGUACACGGAGGAGCUUGUCGCGAAGAUCGUCAGACAGCUGCUGGACGCUCUGCAGUACCUGCAGUACCACGGCAUCGUGCACCUCGACCUGCAGCCAGACAACAUCAUGAUGGUUAGCAGACGUCUCCACACCAUCAAGCUUGCCGACUUUGGAUCGGCGCGCACCCUGAGGGAACCGACCCUCGGUGACGAGGAUAUCGAUAGUGACUGCCCGCUGGAGUUCAUGGCGCCAGAAGUAGCAAACUAUGAGGCAGUCAGUUUGCAGGCAGAUGUGUGGGGAGUUGGCGUGCUGGCAUUUAUAAUGCUGAGUGGUGUGUCGCCGUUCCUCGGUGAGGAUGACAGAGAGACGAUGGACAACAUCUCAUUCGUACGCUACGACUACAGAGAUUUUUACAGGAACGUCACACAGGAAGCCUUCCGAUUUGUGCAGCAGCUGCUGAGAAGGAAUCCAAUGAAGCGCUUAACAGUAGAAGAGUGCUUGGAACAUCGCUGGAUGCAGGUGACAGAUGUCAUGACCAGACAACGCGAGUCCACCUCCUUUUUCACUAAUAAGCUGCGAAUCUUUGCACAAGAGUACAACCUUUGUCGCAAAGAGUCUGCUACAAGAAAUUAUGACCUUCUACAUGCCUUUGGCUCACUCACACGUGCCUCCAGUGUAGAUAGUGUCAUGUCUGGCUUCGAUUAAUGUCUGUAAAAAGGUUGUCGGAUGACCUCGAUGAGAUGUACAUUGUUGUGUAAAGCCUCAAGGACAAGAGCCGCCGCUGCUCGUGAACCAGUCGAUCGGGAUACCAGUCGUUUUGUCGCUAGUUUAGUCACAUCUGCUGUUGUAUUUUUACGCUAGAAUUCUGUUAAUUAGAAUAGGCAUGGCUAGUCUUCACUAGGUAUCUGCUAGGACAUCUUGCGUUGUUCCGGAAUGAUGUCGCAGGUUUUUGAUGGUAUCAUUCAUUCAAGGGUACAACUGGGCAGAUCCCUCACAGAUAGUGAUAGUGCUACCCUGAAAUGCUAUCGACUUGAAAAUAGCUGAAGUUUUUAAAGCGUAAAACAAAAAGUAUUUCUGAAUAAUCCAGUAAAAUUCGCUUGCAGGCUUUGUAGCGUUUGCGUAUUUGUGCUAUUGGGUUUAUAGACAGUGUGUGUUGCUUUAACUGUGGUCUAGGUCUAGUACUGCAUUCUCUCGGACUGUAAUUGUAAUUUCUGAUGAGAAGACUAUGGCCCAGUGUCGCUGUUCAACAGGACUGCUGAAAAUUGCGAAUCUAGUCUAUCGGCCCCAACACCUUUUUGGUGAACGCAGUGGCAGUAUAUUCACCUCACGUUUGUAGCAGCACGCUAGUAGAAAGCUAGAGGAAACCACAUAUACUGUGACUAUAGGCGUUUUGUGUUGUCUCCUACAUGUGUUUAAACCUGCUAGCCAGGAUUUAGGGUGAUUGUAAUUUCUGAUUGUGAUUGACCGAUUUUGUUAGUGGGCUAUAGCAGGCUGCUUUGUUGCUUGCGAAAAUGUGAGCAUCUCCCUCGCGUUUUCUGCUGUGCCGUUUGCAUUUUCCCUGUUUCAAGACACGUACAUGCCAGCAGCGAUUUGAAAGGAGUAAAAACUUGCAGCUAGAAGAAAACUCGAUGAGCGGAAACUAGUCGUGCAGCCAGAUGCUGUGUAUUUUUCCCGUUUUUUACAAAGGAUUGUAGAACUGCUGUCUGAAAACGCCGACGUGACAAUUUUUUGAAAAAAAGAUCGUUUGGAACGGUGCAAAAAAACUGUGCCAAAGCAUAUCUUAAUUAUUAAGAAGUCAGCUAUGCUUAUCGUGUAGUAUUUGCUAGUCAUUUUACACAAAUUAUGGACUUUGUUUUCUGCUACAUAUUGAGUUUAUUGCAGCAGUGAUAAUUUAUUGAAUUCUCGAUCAAAUGUACCCAGAGCUAACUGCGAAUAUGGCAAUGCACCUACAUCUCUAUAGUAUACCGAAUAGUUUACUUCAAUUUUAUUUAUUGCUUGUAAAUUUAUAACACCGCGUAUUUAUAAUACUAUAUACACUGUCGCAGCAAGUGGUUUUUAUUAGCGAUCUGUUGCCCUAAUUCAUCAUAUGGAAAUGAAAUCAGUGUGUUUAGUAGCGUAUAUAGAACUGAUCACAUUCUGCAGCUGGUGGCGACGGGAUAUAUCGCUGCUGGGGCGCCAAGAUAGAAAGACUGUUCUGCAAAGAUGCCCCGAAACAGUCGUCUUGGUUUGCAGCUGAUGAUGCUGCCGAAGUGGAAAGUUGUAUAUGGAUGUGGUUAUAAAACUCGAUGCAUUUAAAAACUGGAGCAGGUAUUUUGCCAUAUUUGUCAGUGAUUUUUAAUAGCCAUUAUAUUUUGCUUGCAUCUUAUUUGCAAUGGAUUCUGCUGUGGUUGUGAAUGUAGAGUUGAAAACAAAAAUAAAACUGUAUUUCUAUGUAACCCCUCCCA